GAGCAUAUUGACGAACGAAAUCAAGUACGUGUCAAUAAAACCCCACAAGUUUCAGACCACUCUCACGAGGACUUGAACAACGAAGAAGAUCGCGACUGUCUACACACCGAUCACAUCUCUACAUCACUUCAUAGAUCAAUCACACACGAGAUAGGGCUGCUGCAGGAUUAAAAUCCAAAACAAGAAGACUAUAGAGGAAUGAUUUAAAGCCAUUUGUCUUGGCUUUCUUCUACAAUGUCUGGGAUACUUAAUUCGGGUGUGAAUGGCUCAACCUCAACUUUUCCAGAUGCAACCGGAAGAGCUUUUACCUCAACGUUUUCUUCUCAGUUAGGUUCCUCUGCUGCUGAUAUGAACCACAAUGAUGCAAUAGACGUACUAGGGUUGCGAAGCAUAAACGGCAAUUUCAACAUUCCCAGCAUGCCUGCGGCAUAUACAUCAAGAAAUUCGGGGUUAAACGGUCCUUUGAACGGUGUACAACCACCUGCUGGAAGUGUAUCUAACGGACGAUAUGGAGUAAAUAAUCUUCCUGUUGCCCUUUCUCUGCAAUCUGCUGGCAGUUCACUUGGACUUUCAGGAAUUUCAAACAACGGGGGUUCAGGUAUAGGUCAAAGUAUCGGGAACAGAGAACAAAUUAUAAGCUCAAUGGCAAUGGGUAACCUUGUUAAUGGCGGAAACAUCGGAAGAAGUUUAAGCUCCGGUGGACUUAAUAUGCCCGGGGUUGCUUCUCGGUUGAAUCUAACUGCACCGCAAAUGGUAUCUCUACUAGGAAAUUCUUACUCUGGUGCUGGAGGGCCGCUUUCACAGAAUCAAUUUCAAGCGGGAAAUAAUCAUUUAAGCUCAAUGGCGUUAUUAUCUGAAUUGAAUCGUGACCAUUCUUUUGACAUGAAUGAUUUUCCUCAGUUAAGUGGACAUCUUAGCUCCGCUGGUGGUUCUCAAAGACAAUUAGGGGGUUUGGCACGUCGGCAAAAUGUUAGUUUUAUGCAACAAAACCAAGAAUUUAGCAUCCAAAAUGAAGAUUUUCCAGCUUUACCCGGAUAUAAAGGUGGUAACGAGUUUCCGGUUAAUAUACACCAGAAGGAACAGCUUCGUGACAAUACAGUCUCUAUGAUGCAGUCUCAGCAACAUUUGCCUGUCGGAAGAUCAAGUGUUUUCAGUUUGGGAGGCGCAUAUUCAUCGCAUCAACAACCACCACACGCUCCAAUUAAUGGUGGCAGCUCCUACCUUCCUGCAAACGCUCAAGAUAUCCAUUUUCACGGUUCUGAGGCAAGAAACUCGGGGAUGCUUGCUACUGGAUCAAGGCCAGUAAACUUGUCGAACACAGUGUCAGGUGGCGGGUCCUACGAUCAACUCAUGCAGCAGUAUCAACACUUCCAGAAACAGUCACAGAUACGACUGGUCAACCCGUUUAGAGACCAGGAAGUGAAGUCAACUCAGGUGUCUCAAUCUGCUGCAGACAGAUUUGGAUUGCUUGGGUUAUUGAAUGUUAUUAGGAUGAAUAAUCCUGAUUUGACCCCACUUGCUUUGGGUAUUGAUUUGAUGACACUCGGUCUGAACUUGAAUUCUCCUGAUAAUCUGUACAAGAAGUUUUCGUCUCCGUGGUCUGAUGAAUCUGCUAAAGGAGAUCCCCAUUAUUCCAUUCCUGAGUGUUUCAAUACGAAACAACCGGCUCCGUUAAACCAAGAUAGCUUCUCAAGAUUUUCUACGGAGACCUUGUUUUAUAUUUUCUACAGCAUGCCAAAGGACGAGGCUCAGUUGUUUGCAGCUAAUGAACUGCACAAUAGAGGAUGGUUUUACCACAGAGAGGUGCGUCUAUGGUUCUCAAGGGCUCCAAACAUGGAACUGUUGGUCAAAACAAGCACUUAUGAGAGAGGUUGUUACUACUGUUUUGAUCCCAACACCUGGGAAACUAUUCGAAAGGAUAACUUCGUUGUUCAAUAUGAAAUGGUGGAAGACCGACCGGUGGUCCCCCGUCGUUAGUUUUUAAUUUGUUGUUUCUUUUGAAGUGUCUGAUAAUCUAAAUGAAGUUGAUGAGAUAAACCUUUUAGUAGAAGUUAUAAUACAAGAAAGUAAGAAAGUAGGUAAUCCAAAUGGUUGGGUGCAUAAUGCAAAGCUUUAGAGUGUUGUCAGAUCAGAAUGUGUUUCCAAAUGUUGGUACUUUUGGUUAAACCUCCUUUAGAAAUCACAAAAAUGUUGGUGGUACUUUA